GUGACUGGGAGAGAGUUCCCCAGGGUGCCAGAGAGACUUCAGGGCCACCACACGUGGGCACCGUUGCAACCUAUCUUUUUAGUGCAUUCUGCCUCUUCGGCCCGGGGGCCUUGCUAGAGACUGCAAGCCCCCUGUGGGUAAAGUGCGGGAGGGAUGGGAUAGGACUGGCCUUUAGGAUUGAGACCCCACCUAGUAGUCGUUCCUUUGCAUCCCCACCCUACCCUAUCCAGUUCCCUAGUCUCAGGGCUGUUGGGUCCUCCCUUCUCCCCUUCCCACCUUACACCCCCUCCCCAAGUCACAAGUUUUCUCUUUGGGGCUUGUUGCUGCAGUCCGUGCUCCAGUACCGAGUACCUGGCUGGGCCCUGGGCACGCACAGGGGCCGUAGCCCCACUGUGUGUGGGAGCCAUGAGGAUCCUGGCUAACAAGACAAGGUUACCCCACCCCAGGAGGAGAGAAGCUCCAGGGAGCCCGCCACUGUCCCCCCGCGGCCACUGCCCCCCUGCCCCAUCCAAGCCAAUGCACCCAGAAAAUAAGUUGACCAAUCAUGGCAAAACAGGGAAUGGUGGGGCCCAAUCCCAGCAUCAGAAUGUGAACCAAGGACCCACCUGCAACCUGGGCUCGAAGGGUGUGGGGGCGGGGAGCCAUGGGGCCAAGGCCAACCAGAUUUCACCUAGCAACUCAAGUCUGAAGAACACCCAGGCAGGGGUGCCCCCUUUCAGCUCACUCAAGGGCAAAGUGAAGAGGGAGCGGAGUGUGUCUGUGGAUUCUGGAGAGCAGCGAGAGGCUGGGACUCCAUCCCUGGAUUCAGAGGCCAAAGAGGUGGCACCCCGGAGCAAGCGGCGUUGUGUGCUGGAGCGGAAGCAGCCAUACAGUGGGGACGAAUGGUGCUCAGGACCAGACAGCGAGGAGGACGACAAGCCCAUCGGGGCCACCCACAAUUGUAAUGUAGACCCUGCCAUGGCGGCCCCACAGUUGGGUCCCGGCCAAGCCACCCAACUUCCCCUCAGUGAGAGCAGUGCACCAGGCCCCCCGCAUGGGCCCCCACCAGGCCUGCGGCCCGAUGCCCCCGGGGGCGGGGGUGUCCCUGGAAAGCUGCCCUCACAGUUCGUGUAUGUCUUUACCACGCACCUGGCCAACACGGCUGCAGAGGCCGUGCUGCAGGGCCGGGCCGACUCCAUCCUUGCCUACCACCAGCAGAACGUGCCCCGGGCCAAGCUUGACCAGGCCCCCAAAGUGCUGUCCACCCCAGAACCGCUACCCCUGAGCACACCAUCGGCAGGCACCCCGCAGUCCCAGCCACCUCCACUGCCACCACCACCACCCCCAGCCCCUGGCAGUGCCCCCCCUGCUCUGUCUUCUGAGGGGCCUCCUGAGGACACCAAUCAGGACCUGACACCCAACUCAGUGGGAGCUGCCAGCACGGGCGGUGGGACUGGGGGUACCCACCCUAACACCCCUACGGCUGCUACCAACAACAACCCGCUGCCUCCUGGAGGAGACCCCAGCAGUGCCCCUGGCCCUGCACUGCUAGGGGAGGCCACCCCCACAGGAAAUGGGCAGCGGAGCCUGGUGGGCUCGGAGGGCCUGUCCAAGGAGCAGCUAGAGCACCGGGAGCGCUCCCUCCAGACACUUCGAGAUAUUGAGAGGCUGCUGCUCCGCAGCGGGGAGACUGAGCCUUUCCUCAAGGGUCCCCCGGGAGGAGCAGGUGAGGGCGGGCCACCAGCACAAGCCCCUCCUGCCCCCCAGCAGCCACCCUCGGCCCCUCCCAGCGGGCUGAAGAAGUAUGAGGAGCCCUUGCAGUCUAUGAUUUCACAGACACAGAGCCUAGGGGGUCCCCCUCUGGAGCAUGAGGUGCCUGGGCACCCCCCAGGUGGGGACAUGGGGCAGCAGAUGAACAUGAUGAUGCAGAGGCUGGGCCAGGACAGCCUGACGCCCGAGCAGGUGGCCUGGCGCAAGCUGCAGGAAGAGUACUAUGAGGAGAAACGGCGGAAGGAGGAGCAGAUUGGGCUGCAUGGGGGCCGUCCCCUGCAAGAUGUGAUGGGCAUGGGGGCCAUGAUGGUGAGGGGCCCACCGCCUCCCUACCACAGCAAGCCUGGGGAUCAGUGGCCACCCGGAAUGGGUGCACAGCUGCGCGGGCCCAUGGAUGUCCAAGAUCCCAUGCAGCUCCGGGGCGGACCUUCCUUCCCGGGCCCCCGUUUCCCAGGCAACCAGAUGCAACGGGUGCCUGGGUUUGGAGGCAUGCAGGGCAUGCCCAUGGAGGUGCCUAUUAGUGCCAUGCAGAGGCCUGUGAGGCCGGGUAUGGGCUGGACCGAAGACUUGCCCCCCAUGGGGGGGCCCAGCAACUUUGCCCAGAACCCGGUGCCCUACCCAGGUGGGCAGAGUGAAGCAGAACGAUUCAUGACCCCUCGGGUUCGUGAGGAGCUGCUGCGGCACCAGCUGCUGGAGAAGCGGUCACUGGGCAUGCAGCGCCCCCUGGGCAUGGCCAGCGGUGGUGGCAUGGGGCAGGGCGUGGAGCUGGAGCGGAUGAUGCAGGCACACCGGCAGAUGGAGCCAGCUAUGUUCCCCGGGCAGAUGGCUGGUGGUGAGGGCCUGGCAGGCACUCCCAUGGGCAUGGAGUUUGGCGGAGGCCGGGGCCUUCUGAGCCCCCCCAUGGGGCAGUCCGGGCUGAGGGAGGUGGACCCACCCUUGGGGCCAGGCAACCUCAACAUGAACAUGAAUGUGAACAUGAACAUGAACAUGAAUCUGAAUGUACAGAUGACCCCGCAGCAGCAGAUGUUGAUGUCGCAGAAAAUGCGAGGCCCUGGGGACAUGAUGGGGCCGCAGGGCCUCAGUCCUGAGGACAUGGCCCGAGUGCGGGCUCAGAACAGCAGUGGCAUGGUGGGAGGCCCACAGAAGAUGCUGAUGCCCUCGCAGUUCCCCAACCAGGGCCAGCAGGGGUUCUCUGGGGGCCAGGGACCCUACCAAGCCCUGCCACAGGACAUGGGCAACACCCAAGAUAUGUUCAGCCCUGACCAGAACUCAAUGCCCAUGGGCAGCGUGGGGACCACUCGGCUUAGCCACAUGCCUCUGCCCCCUGCGCCCAAUCCUCCUCCAGGGUCUGUGCAUUCAGCCCCAAGCCGGGGGCUGGGCAGACGACCUUCGGACCUCACCAUCAGUAUUAAUCAGAUGGGCUCACCAGGCAUGGGGCACCUGAAGUCACCCACACUUAGCCAGGUGCACUCACCUCUGGUUACCUCGCCCACUGCCAACCUGAAGUCACCCCAGACUCCCUCACAGAUGGUGCCCUUGCCUUCUGCCAACCCGCCAGGACCUCUCAAGUCGCCCCAGGUCCUCAGCUCCUCUCUCAGUGUCCGUUCGCCCACUGGCUCUCCCAGCAGGCUCAAGUCUCCCUCAAUGGCGGUGCCUUCUCCAGGCUGGGUUGCCUCGCCCAAGACAGCCAUGCCCAGCCCUGGGGUCCCCCAGAACAAGCAGCCGCCUCUCAGCAUGAACUCUUCCACCACGCUGGGCAGCAUAGAGCAGGGUGCCCUCCCGCCUAGCGGUCCCCGGAGCAGCUCCUCUGCGCCUCCUGCCAACCCUCCCAGCGGCCUCAUGAACCCCAGCCUGCCAUUCACUUCCUCCCCAGAUCCCACACCGUCCCAGAACCCUCUGUCAUUGAUGAUGUCCCAGAUGUCCAAGUAUGCCAUGCCCAGCUCCACCCCACUCUACCACAAUGCCAUCAAGACCAUCGCCACCUCAGACGAUGAGCUGCUGCCUGACCGGCCCCUGCUACCCCCACCGCCACCACCGCAGGGCUCUGGGCCAGGGAUCAGCAAUAACCAGUCCAACCAGAUGCACCUGAACUCAGCUGCUGCCCAAAGCCCCAUGGGCAUGAACCUGCCAGGCCAGCAGCCCCUGUCCCAUGAGCCCCCGCCUGCCAUGUUGCCCUCCCCCACCCCUCUGGGUUCCAACAUUCCACUGCACCCCAAUGCUCAGGGGACAGGGGGACCCCCUCAAAACUCAAUGAUGAUAGCUCCAGGGGGCCCAGACUCCCUGAAUGCCCCCUGCGGCCCUGUGCCCAGCUCCUCCCAGAUGAUGCCCUUCCCCCCUCGGCUGCAGCAGCCCCAUGGUGCCAUGGCUCCCAGUGGGGGCGGGGGCGGGGGGCCUGGCCUGCAGCAGCACUACCCUUCGGGCAUGCCCCUGCCCCCAGAGGACCUGCCCAGCCAGCCGCCUGGCCCCAUGCCCCCCCAGCAGCAUCUGAUGGGCAAAGGCAUGGCUGGGCGCAUGGGCGACACAUACCCACCAGGCGUGCUCCCUGGGGUGGCAUCUGUGCUGAACGACCCUGAGCUGAGCGAGGUGAUCCGGCCCACCCCGACGGGGAUCCCCGAGUUCGACUUGUCAAGGAUCAUCCCCUCUGAGAAGCCAAGCAGCACCCUCCAGUACUUCCCCAAGAGCGAGAACCAGCCCCCCAAGGCCCAGCCCCCCAAUCUGCAUCUCAUGAACCUGCAGAACAUGAUGGCGGAGCAAACCCCCUCACGGGCCCCCAACCUCCCAGGCCAGCAGGGCGUCCAGCGGGGGCUCAACAUGUCUAUGUGCCACCCCGGACAGAUGUCCUUGCUGGGCAGGACAGGUAUGGCCCCACAGCAAGGCAUGGUGCCCCACGGCCUGCACCAGGGGGUGAUGUCCCCUCCUCAAGGCCUCAUGACCCAGCAGAAUUUCAUGCUGAUGAAGCAACGGGGCGUGGGGGGUGAGGUCUACAGCCAGCCCCCCCACAUGCUCUCCCCACAGGGCUCCCUCAUGGGCCCCCCGCCCCAGCAGAACCUCAUGGUGUCCCACCCCUUGCGACAGCGCAGUAUGUCUCUGGACAGCCAGAUGGGCUACCUCCCUGCACCGGGCAACAUGGCCAACCUGCCCUUCUAGCACUCCCUGUCUGGGGCUGGAGCUGGGGCGAUAUUGCAACUAUGAUAACCUGAAAAAAGUUUCUUCCCCUCCAGUGUUGGGAUGACCUGGGGUCAAGGGGU